CGAUAACAAGAGCCCAAAAACGGCCCAGCAGAGUGAACUUUAGAAGAGACUUCAAGUUCAUACUUUCAGAUCAAGAAAGAGAAAAAUGGCUGUGAUGACAACAUCAGUUUCUGCAUCAUCACCUCCACCAUACUCCUCCUUUCCCGCCAAAUCCAAACACAAAUUCAACCCCAAUAAGAAUCCCCCGUUUCCAAACUCCAUUAAAACUCAGAACACACCACUUCCCCGAACACCAAAGUCCCCCAAAUUUCCCCCCAAAAAUCGCCAGAAUUCCGCUCCCAAACCACAGAAUUCAACAUACCCUUUCUCAUUUCCACUCCAAAAGAAAAACCCACAUUCAAUUUAUAAAGAUAUUCAGAAGUUCGCAAGAAAAAACAAGCUCAAAGAAGCUCUAACCAUUCUAGAUUAUUUGGAGCAACAGGGUAUCCCUGUAAAUGCCACAACAUUCUCUGCUUUAAUUGCUGCCUGUACUUUCUCCAAAUCGAAAGCGGAAGCGAAACAGAUUCAUGCCCAUAUCAGGAUUAAUGGGCUUGAUAACAAUGAAUUCAUUAAACCUAAAAUUGUUCAAAUGUAUGUUUCUUGUGGGUUGGUGGACGAUGCCAAAAGGGUGUUUGGUGAUGAUGACGAAGAAUCCAAUAGUGUUUAUUCAUGGAAUGCAUUGCUUAGAGGGAACGUUGUCGCGGGAGGGCGAAAAUACAAGGAUUUGUUGUAUGCUUUUGCAAGAAUGAGGGAGACUGGGGUUGAGUUGAAUGUGUAUAGUUUCUCUUGUUUGAUCAAGAGUUUCGGCGGGGCAGCGGCUUUUAGGCAAGGGUUGAAGAUGCAUGGUUUGUUGAUUAAGAAUGGUUUUAUAGGGAGUGAAAUUCUGAAGACAAGUCUUAUUGAUAUGUACUUCAAAUGUGGUAGAGUUAAGCUUGCUCAUCACCUGUUUGAUGAAAUGUCUGAGAGAGAUGUUGUUCUUUGGGGUGCUAUGAUUGCAGGGUUUGCACACAAUAAGUUGCCUAGAGAGGUGAUUAGGUAUACAAGGUGGAUGAUAAAGGAAGGUGUAGCACCAAAUUCGGUGGUGCUAACUACUAUGCUUCCCAUCCUUGGGGAAGUUAAGGCAUGGAAGAUGGGUAAAGAGGUUCAUGCCUUUGUGUUGAAGAGACAAAAUUAUAUCGAACAGCCGUUUUUGAAGUCGGCUUUGAUAGAUAUGUAUUGUAAGUGUGGGGAUAUGAAUUCUGGGAGAAAGGUGUUCUAUAUUUCUAGUGAUAGGAGUAUUGUUUCAUGGACUGCUUUGAUGUCUGGUUAUAUCUCAAAUGGUAGGCUUGAUCAGGCUGUAAGGUCAAUAAUUUGGAUGCAGCAAGAAGGGUUUAGGCCGGAUGUUGUUUCAUUGGCAACAAUUCUUCCAGUUUGUGCUAAGAUGAAGGCAUUGAAGCAAGGUAGGGAGAUUCAUGGGUAUUUGGUGAAAAAAGGAUUUCUACCCAAUGUGUCAUUGAUAACAUCAUUGAUUGUACUCUACUCAAAAUGUGGUGUCUUGGAGAUGAGUCGUAGAUUGUUUAAUAGCAUGGAGACAAGAAAUGUGAUUGCUUGGACGGCUUUUAUAAAUUCGUGUAUUGAAAACAGACAUCCAGAAGAAGCACUGGACGUGUUCAGGUCAAUGCAGUUAUCCAAGCACAGAGCAGAUUCAGUUACUAUGUCAAGGGUAUUAGAACCUUGCCAUGAACUCAGACUGUUAAAACUUGGGAAAGAAAUCCAUGGACAAAUGCUGAAGAAGGGCAUUGAGUGUGUUCCUUUUGUUCUAGCGCGACUAGUGAAGUUGUAUGGAAUAUGUGGAAUGAUUGAGAAAGCAAAGUUGGUGUUUGAUCUCUACCCAUGUGAUGGUUCAGUGGCACCAACUGCCAUGAUGGUGGCUUAUGGAUAUAACAACUGUUUUAGAGAAGCGCUUGAUCUUUUUUCCGAAAUGCUGAAUGAUGGUAAACCUCCUAAUAUAAACACCUUAGAUGCGGUUUUAGAAAUUUGUGAUCAAGCUGGAUUUGCAGAUGAUGCACGUAAAAUUUUCCAACUCAUGACUCAAAAGUAUAGAAUCAAGGCAUCUAAGGCGCAUUACAAUGUCAUUGCUGGACUACUUACUCGUACAGGUCACACUCAGGAAGCUGAAAGAUAUAUUCAAUGGGGUUCUAGAUUUAUUACUUGCAAAUUGCAAUCUUGCUUGUCUUAUUUCAUUCUGUUUGCCGGUACUCUGGUCUCCCCUACCCCUUUCUGAAAAGAAAUUUUGUUGAGAGCCUGAGAAUCGGUUAGUUAUUCCCUUUCCCUCUUUACAUAUCUCUGAAACUAGAUAAAGAUUCAUUUAUCUGUCAGAGGGAUACUGUAUGUUCAAG